AUGGAUGUGAAGAAUGUUUUUCUUCAUGGUGAUCUCCAAGAAGAGAUUUACAUGAAGCUUCCCACUGGUAUGACUAAUUUUUCUCCUCAUGAUGUCUAUAAGUUCAAACGUUCUUUGUAUGGGCUCAAGCAGGCACCCCAGGCUUGGUUUGAGAAGUUUCACAGUACAAUUCUUUCCUUUAGUUUUACCCAAAGUCAAUAUGAUUCUUCCCUCUUCUUCCACACGUUUGUGUCGGGUAUAGUCCUUCUCUUGGUUUAUGUGGAUAAUAUUAUCAUUACUAGCACUGACUGUGGUUUGAUUACUAAGCUUCAGCGGCUGUUACAUACAACUUUUCAUAUGAAAGAUCUUGGACAGCUCACAUACUUCUUAGGAUUGGAAGUUCAUCAUCGGGCCAGUGGUAUUUUCGUGAACCAACAUAAGUAUAUUCAAGAUCUUAUCACUUUGGUUGGUUUGGAGGACACUUCCUCUGUUGACACUCUUAUGGAGGUAAAUGUCAAAUACAGGAAAGAUGAAGGGGACCUUUUGGAUGAUCCUACUCUCUAUCAGCGCCUGGUUGGGAGUCUUAUCUACUUGACCACUACUCGACUUGAUAUCUCCUAUGUUGUUCAUCAGUUCAGUCAGUUUAUGUCUUCUCCUCGACAUCUCCAUCUUGCUGCAUUUCGACGCAUCAUUCGCUAUCUUCGAGGUUCACCUACUCGUGGGUUGUUCUUUCCUACCGGUUCCUUUCUUCAACUUGUUGCCUAUAGUGAUGCUGAUUGGGCUGGGUGUCUAGAUACACAUCAAUCUACUACGGGUCGGCAUAUGUUUUUAGGUGAUGCCUUAAUUUCUUGGAGAUGUAUGAAAGAAGAUCGUGUUUCUAAAUCCUUUACUGAGGCCAAGUAUCGUGCCAUGUCUACUGUUUGUUCUGAAAUCGUAUGGCUAUGCGGUCUUCUUGAGGAGCUUGGGUUUCCUUAG